AUGUCAGUCUAUUCUGGAUUUGCUACUCGCUAACUGGAAGGUUAGUAUAAUAAGUUGAUUACUUCUUUGCUCAAAAUUUUAUAGCGGAGAAUAAUUAAGUUCUACAAGAAUGAACUAGCAGAUGAGAAACAAUUCAAAAGGGUCGUAGAAGAAACUCUUAUGAAAUUGAAUCAAAUGGAACACUAGAAAUAUAACGAACCUUACAUUAGUGCCAUCAUGGGAGAAAUAUGCGAUUAAUUACAAAUCUCGCAAAAUUGUGCCGUAGGUUGCUCUUGCUAAUGUCAUCUCCAACUCAGGAAGCAAACCUUUUUAACGUAAGACAAAGAAAUCCUUUCGAAUCCUUCAUCAUGUAGAAAACGAACUGUGAGUUCUAGGAAAACUAGUGUCAAAGGUAUGAAUAACACUUCUGUUAUCGAGAAAACCCAACAUUCAAAGGUUCAACAACUUACUCAAUUGUCAUCAACUUAUAAAUCUCCCUAUUAUUUGAGCUAAAAUAACUAAUCAUUUGGUAAUUCCAAAGUGACCUUCUACUAAAAUACCUCCAACUUCACCCACAAUAGUUCCAUUGAAAGACCUACGACUAAAAGUUAUCAAAGACCACAAUCAAAAUCCCCUGGAAGCAGAAUACCAUCAAGAAUUAUGAGAUCGUCAGAUGGACAAAGGGCCAAUCCAAAUGAAAGUCUAGAAGAGAGGAGGUAUGAGAAACCAUAUACUUUUGGAUAGUAAUAUAAUAAGUUUUUUAAAAAAAGAAAUUUUUGA